UCGGGAUUUUCUGCUGACUUCCUUCCUACUGGAACAACAUGUAAAGCUAAGUGGAAGUGACAUCCGUGGAAAACAGCACAGAAGAGACUGAAAAGAGAGUUCUGAGUCAUAGAAAGAAGAGUUUUGGCCUGAGAGUUCUGGGAAAUCACUCAGAGAUAUAUAGACUUAAGAGAGACUCAGAGAACGAGGAGGGAUAAGAGACGAGGGAGAGGUGAGAGGCCAAAGAGAGAUCCCUGAACGACGUGUUGCGGACAAUGGCCGCCAAAGAUUAUGAUCAUCUGUUCAAACUGCUGCUUAUCGGAGACUCAGGUGUUGGGAAAAGCAGUCUGUUGCUGAGAUUCGCUGAUAACUCGUUCUCUGGUAGCUAUAUCACCACUAUUGGAGUUGACUUCAAAAUUAGAACGUUGGUUAUGGAUGGUGAACGAGUAAAAUUGCAAAUAUGGGACACAGCUGGUCAGGAAAGAUUCAGAACCAUUACCUCCACAUACUACAGAAACACUCACGGUGUCAUUGUGGUUUAUGAUGUCACCAACCCAGAAUCUUUUGUGAACGUGAAGAGAUGGCUGCAUGAGAUCACCCAAAACUGUGACUCAGUGUGCACUGUGCUGGUGGGUAAUAAAGAUGAUGAUCCAGGUCGGAAAUGUGUGGAGUCUUCAGAUGCUGCAAGAUUCAGUGACCAGAUGGGGGUCCGAUUGUUUGAGACAAGUGCAAAGGAGAACCGCAACGUAGAGGAGAUGUUCCUUUCGGUGACCCGGUUAGUGCUGCGCAUGAAGAAGGACAGUCAGGCGAGACUGAAACCUAACGAGGUUGUUACAAUCAGCAAAACCAAAAAGAAACAGCAUGUAAAGAGGUGUUGCUGACCCUUGACCUCUGGCCAUGCCAGUGCACUGACCCCUGGAUAACUGGACACAGACUGUGAUAGGGGGAGAGGGUUAGAUCAGGAGGAGCAGAGGAUUGCAUCGGGCCCUGUGUUGGUGCAGUAACAGAGCUGUGCAUGGUGGAUAGAAGAGUAUGCUGCAGUAUUUAUUGAUUCACAAUCAUUUAGGGAAGUUAUUAACACAGUUAACCUGUUACCACCAUCCCUGUUUCACAUUAAUAACUGUGUGGUCCAAUCAGAGAAGCCUUGGUCCUACUAGCCCCUCCCACUGCAACUGAAUAUAUUUAAAUAUGCACAUUCCUGGCUGUAUAGGACAAUAAAGCUUAUUUUUGCAUUUAACUGAUUAUUAAUUUUACGAUAAUAAAAUGAUUUUUUCUAUGAA